GCGGCCGGCGGCCACAAAACACGACCGUACGUACAGCUAUCAUCGACAGGGAAUGUUCAUCAACAGACACGGACUAAGUGACUGACAAGUCCAUAAAAAGGUGAAACCAAGUUAAAAAGGGAGCAUAAGAAUGGCUACACGUGUGGUUAUUGUUCCUGGUAAUGGAUGUGGACAGGUGGAGCAGUGUAACUGGUAUGCUUGGGCUCGAGAUGAAAUCAACAAGAAAUACGAGGGAGUGGAAUGUAUUCUGAGACCCAUGCCAGAUCCAGACAUGGCAAGAGAGAGCAUAUGGAUUCCCUUUAUGCGUGAUGAACUGUGUUGCGAUGAGCAAACUCUUAUCAUUGGAGAUUGCUCCGGUUCGGAAGCAACAAUGAGGUUUGUGGAAUCUUACAAGGUCCAUAGUAUUAUCUUGGUCUCGCCGUGUGUAACGGACCUUGGCGAGGAGAAUGAGAAAUUAAGUGGAUAUUAUGAUCGCCCCUGGGAAUGGGCUAAGAUGAGAUCUAACACCCAGUCCAUUACAGUCUUUGGAUCCACUGAUGACCCGUACAUCAAAUGGGCAGAGAUGCAAGAGGUCAUAGACAACUUGAACCCCGAACUCCACAAGUUUCACGACCGAGGACAUUUUGAGGUUGCCACUUUCCCAGAACUCAUUCCGACUGUCGGCCGCCGUGUUCAUCAAAAGUGAAUAACAUUGUCAAACAGAGUAUGGUGGG